UGGCUAACACUAUCUUAACUCGAUCUGUGUGGCCUGCACUCGCAACCUGAAAGGUUCCCCUGGCUUUUUAUCGGGGCCAGUUGCUUGGUCACCCCCUGGCGACCCCCGCUCCCACCGAUUCACAGGAAAGCGGCCCAGGGCGAAAGUCGGGAAAGCGCAAACAGAAAAGCAAACGCUAGGUUUCUUUGGCCAAUUUUGACAUUGGCUCAUCCUCAGGUUGAAUUUGGGCACCUCCAGUCAACACAAUUCUCACCUCGACACUGGGCCUAUCUUACAAACCAUGAACAGUGAAUUCCAGCCGUCUCGUCUUUUUUAUCCACCUCAUGUUCAUGCCACAGCGCGAAACCAGCGGUAUUCUAUCACGCACAUCCUUUAAGCGACAACCAUAGCCUUUUCACCUGGGAUGGGGGGAAGGAAAACGAAAAGCCAUGUGAAGCCAUCAGGCUCUCCCUCAUAUGAGGGAAAGGCUCGGUUGGAGUCUGUUGACUCCCUUCUAGAACAACUCUUUGAGGAGUUUCGAGAUCUGGAUCAGUCACUCAUUCUUGCUAUUACCCUGGAGCGAAACAUUCAAACGGACUAUGACGACAUUAAGGACAUUCUCAACACACUGGCGCAGACUGCUUCAUGUGAGGCCUCGACGUCGUUUGACCCCUCCGGAAUGGGCAUGUCUGUCGAGGGGGCAAACGGUGAUGAAGUCGAUCACAGCAUCAUGUCUGAGUCUUUGGCUACGGAAAAUGCCACAACGAUAUCCGACUCCAUCUUCUCCUUCGAGUCCUCCUCGUCGUCCGAGGACCUCAAAUUUUGCGAUUCAUCAGACCUGAACGAGCUGGAUAAGGUCGAGCGACUUCGUCUGGUGUUUCCCAACUUCAAGGAGCACACCCUCAAGUUUGUGCUUAAACAAAGCGGAGGCGACCUUGACAGGGCCUUUGACGAGCUUCUGACCCGGCAGCACCUUCACGAAACUGGCCAGCUGCCCAAGGGACUGGAUGGCUUUCACGAGCCACAGGGAAGCACCGCAACCCGCAGAGGCAAGAACAAAUCCAAGGACCAAGGCAGCAAAGGAAAGGCAAAACUUGCGCUGAACUACGCAGUGGUAUUGCCGACAGUGGACAACGAGGAGUUGGAAGGGGCUAAGGGACCCAUCCGACCCUCGUCGUUAACACGGCGCGGCGGCAUGGCAAGCUCACAGGUUGUCACCACCUUUGAAAGGGCUUCUACCCUUGUGCCAAGCCCAGACAGUGAGUACGGAGUCUCCAACCUCUACGCGCAGGCUUCGGCUCUUGCUCGCAAGGGACCCUUGGGACGACAAGGCGCCAUCGUUUACACGGAACGCGCCCGGGAAGAAGCCCGUGCGGCUGCCGAAAGGAUAUCGCUGGCAUCCGAACAACUAGUCAACCAGAGAAGCACAUACUGCAGUAUCGAUCUACACGGCGUCACCGUUCUGGACGGGGUGCGCAUUGCCAAGGAGCGAGUCUGGCGGUGGUGGAACAGUCUGGGCGAGCACCGUAAGUCCAAGGCCAGGAUGGAGGGAUUCACGGUGGUUACGGGUGUCGGUCGUCAUAGUUCGGGUGGCGUCUCGCGACUUCGGCAAGCUGUGGGACUUGCCUUGAAAAACGACGGUUGGAAGGUCGAGACGUUGACGGGCCAGUUUUACGUCACCGGGAGGGUCUGAUUGGUUUUGCUAUGGAGUUGAGAGGAAAGGGGAUUCGCAUAUGUUGUCGCUGGGCCAUUUUGGGUCCAGUCAUAUGCCUGUUCGCAUGGUAGCUGUGUUGAAACAGCCCAUGGGUGUGAUUUUGGAAAAGCUGAGUUGGA